AUGACAAGUUUAUAUAAUGAUAAAGUUUCGGAUUAUUAUUCAAGUGUUUCGUCUAGUGCAAGCCUUACUACCGCCCCUACUACUGCAACCCAGAGUUCAACUGCUGUCACAACCUCUUCCCAUAUGCAGUCGACUUUACUUCGGUUAAGCAAAGAACGCCUUAAUCAAGUCAGAGAUAUUUUACUUGCGUUCGAAGAGGAAAAUAUGGACGCGAACGAGUAUAUGAAGCCAAUCAUUAUCAAGGAAAAUGUGUCACUUGAAGCCUACAUCAAGUAUCGCGAAACUGAGCGAAAGCUCCCUGUUAGCAUUCGUUUGAUCGAUGGAAAAAUUAUAGCUUAUGAAGUACCUCUCUCAUCCCAUGGAGCGGUAGCAGGCGAAAUUGCAUUCUUGAUACGUACAUGGAGUAAUAAUCAAUUGCAUAACUUACAUGAAGAGGAUCUUAUUAUAGGACCGAAUAGUUACUAUACUGCUGAUCUUACCAUCCGACCACAAGAUCUUCCUAAAGCUCCAGCUGGCCAGGGAUCUAACUCGGAGGGGAAUGCAUACCCAACAUUGGUUGUCGAAGUUGGCAACAGUGAGACUAUUCCUAGCUUACAUGAUCUUUCGACAGGUUAUUUUUCUCCACGAACGACCAUUCAAAUUUAUAUUGCGAUCAAAUUAUUUUCCAAGCGUCUGGAUGGUACAAUGGCAAUGCUUGCACUGCGCUACCUACGUACAAAUCAAAAUAAUAUAGUGCCAGAUAUCGUCAUAUCUUUUGGCACGGCACCUCUCCAUCAUAAUACAAUAGGAUUUCUUACAAAUACUGUUGGUGUUCUACAUGCUAACAUUACUGGUGGCUUCGGGUUCUCAGCAACUGCUUGCAAUGCUCCUGGUAUUCCGAAUUAUCAGUUGCAUAUUCCUGCCGUUGAACUUUUUAAUGGUUCUCCUGUUGGUAUUCCAGCUGGAGCAAUUAAUGGGUUUUACUUGGAUUUAUGGGAAUUAAAAA